AGCCAAACCGACCAUUACCCUAAGAAUUCACAAAGAAGGAAGGAAGGUAGCUAGCUUGAGAUUACACAGAAAUGGCGACUAAUGGGGAGAAUCAGAACCAAGUUUCGAGGCACCAGGAGGUUGGCCACAAGUCCCUCUUGCAAAGUGAUGCUCUUUAUCAGUAUAUCCUUGAGACCAGUGUUUAUCCAGGAGAGCCUGAAUGCUUGAAAGAGCUUCGUGACUUGACUGCAAAACACCCUUGGAACAUCAUGACCACCUCUGCUGAUGAAGGCCAGUUCUUGAACUUGCUCAUCAAACUCAUCAAUGCCAAGAACACUAUGGAGAUUGGUGUUUACACUGGUUACUCUCUCCUUGCCACUGCUCUGGCCCUUCCUCAUGAUGGAAAGAUAUUGGCUAUGGACAUCAAUCGUGAAAACUAUGAACUAGGCCUUCCAGUGAUCCAAAAGGCCGGUGUUGCUCACAAGAUUGAUUUCAGAGAAGGGCCUGCUCUUCCUUUUCUCGACCAAAUGAUCGAGGACGGUAAGUAUCAUGGGAGUUUUGAUUUCAUUUUCGUGGACGCGGACAAAGACAACUACCUUAACUACCACAAGAGAAUCAUUGAGCUGGUGAAGGUUGGUGGAGUUAUAGGCUACGACAACACCCUGUGGAACGGGUCAGUGGUGGCGCCGCCUGAUGCGCCACUCCGGAAAUAUGUGAGAUACUAUAGGGACUUUGUGUUGGAGCUCAACAAUGCCUUGGCUGUUGACCCCAGGAUUGAGAUCUGCCAGCUCCCUGUUGGUGAUGGAAUCACCCUAUGCCGUCGUAUCAGCUGAUUAAACCGAUGAUUCGGGUGAUUGAGGAGGCAAAUGGAGGAUAAAAAUUUAUGCAAUUCUGUAUGUAUGUUUAUCAAAUCAGUGUUUGACGAUGCUUAUGAAAUGUUAAAACCUGGGUUUUAUUGUUCGGUUUCUUAAUCUAUUUCUUUGAAGAAAUGAGAGUCCAU